UAAUUUAAUAAAAAUAAGAGAAUCUAUAUAUAUUCGAGUUUAUUAAUAGAUUGAUCAGCAGAAAUAUAACAAAAUCAGCAGAUUACAGCAAGUUAUAGCAGAUUAAUAAUAAAUUCUGUUACAUAACCUAUGUACAUAACCUAUUAUCAGACUGAAAUAAAAACCUAUCUGUUUACAAAACUCAAACUUGAUUUAAGUCUAAUGUGGAAAUGAAAACAAUGAUGAUGCAUAAAGUAAAUAUGAAGUUAUGUCGUCUUUGUGGCAAAGAAAAACAGCAAGGUACAGAUUUGUUUAUGGACAAAGUUAAAGGAAUUGUCUUGAUGUCACUUAUAAAUAAAUAUUUCUCCAAAGAGAUGAUAAAUAUUUCAAAUUCUGAUGCAUUUUCUAAAUAUGUUUGUAUUGAUUGCGAGCAAAAAAUUUAUGUAUUUGACGAAUUUUGUUUAAUGGUAGCUAAUGUACAAAAACAACUUGCAGCUCCAUCUUUAGAAAUUGAUUUUGCAGAAGAUAUGUUACAUCAAUUAAAAGAAAAUGAUACAGUAUCAAAAAAUAUCUUAAAUAAACAAAUAAAAAAAAGUACAUGCUCAAUAUGUGCUAAGAGUUUCAGAUGUCAAUCACAUUUAAAUAGACAUAAACGCAUUCAUACUGGACAAAGACCUUUUGUUUGUAAUAUUUGUAAAAUGUCUUUCAAUCAACAAGAAAUAUUAAUGAAACAUAAAGAAAGACAUGAAGGAAAAAAACAAUUUCAAUGUGCUAAUUGUCAUCAAUCAUUUCGUUAUAAAGUUUCAUUGAAAUCUCAUAUGAUAAAUUUUCAUAUGGAUAUGGAACAAUCUAUUAAUAAUCAAAAUCUUCAAAUAGAUAAUAAUUCAUUUAUAUGCUCUGAAUGUGGAAAACAAUUUGUAACAAAAUAUAAAUUACAAAGACAUUCAAGAUGCCAUACUGGUGAGAAACCAUAUCAUUGUACUUUUUGUUUAAAAACAUUUUCACAAACAGGUAAUUUAAAAGUACAUCAGGUGAAAUAUCAUCAAAUACAUGAUUCUGUGACUGAAAUAAGGCGACAGACUCAGUAUAAUCAAAUAGUUGAUUGUAAUAUAUCUACAACAUUAAAUAAUUUUCAUACAGUUAACAUGUCAGAGAUUGAAUUACAAAAUACAAUAAAUGAGACUAUAAAUUCUACAGAGCAAAAUAAUUCAUAUGCAAAAAUAUACGAAAAUUCUUUAUAUAUUGAUGAUGAAAUAGAAACGAUUUUAGACCGUGAUCUUGGUCAAUUAGGACAAAAUAAAUAUUCUACAAAUGUACAAGAUAAAUUAUCACUUUGUUUAAAACAACCAGAAACUCCUGAAUUAUUGCAUAGUUUAUUAUAUGAUGAUAGCUAAGUUGUAUUUAACUAUAUAUUAAUAAAGAAUCAUUUAUUUAAAAUAUUAUACAAAUUAUGUUCAAAGUAAAGAAUA